AAAUGAUACUCUGUUUCCGCAGGAUGGAAAAAUAAAUCCUGCAAUGAGGAAGAAUUUGAAAACAGCACAGAAAUACUACUGCUGUCCUAUUGAAGGUUGUCCCAGAGGACCAGAAAGGCCUUUUUCACAAUUUUCUCUUGUAAGGCAGCAUUUUAUGAAAAUGCAUGCUGAAAAGAAGCAUAAAUGUGACAAAUGCAGCAAUUCUUAUGGCACCAUAUGGGAUCUGAAGCGGCACAUUGAGGAUUGUGGCAAGACUUUCCAGUGUACCUGUGGAUGCCCCUAUGCCAGCAGGACAGCAUUAUUGUCUCAUAUUUAUAGGACUCAGCAUGAGAUACCUGUGGAACACAGGGAUCCUCCUAGCAAGAAAAGGAAAACUGAAACCUCUGUAUCCAAUCAACUGCUGGGAGAAAAAGGUAGAGAAGCCAUUGCCAAUAUCCAUAACGGAUGUACGAACACUAAAAACUCGGAUACCUCUGAGAUCAAGCUAGCAACUUCCUUUGAGGACUUCAGCCGUUCCUACACCACCAAACAAACACAAACGCAGCCAAAAAACACACCAAAGUUGCUUCUGCCAAAACCAAAAGUGGCUUUGGUGAAACUACCUGUCAUGCAGUUGGCUCAUUUGCCUGUCCUUGUAUCAGCGCCGGACUCAUCCAUCAAACCUGUGGUGGUUGCCGUCGACAGCAAAGGCUCUGUGAUGAGUACCGUUCAUUUGCUGCCUCUUUCGGUAGGAAUCACAUUGCCUACGGUGGAGGCUGAAGCACUUGGAUUUAAAAACUCCCUCAACCUUUCCAGAACCAAAAACUCUAGCAGCAUUGAACCUGUCAGCACAGGUAUCCAGGUCAAUUUGGGGAAAUGUACAUUGAAUACUGCAAUGCAAGAUGUGGAGACCAUAUGCUAUAAGAAUGGGAUUUGUUCCACAAAUGUGCAGACUGACCUGUCUUACAUUUCACCUAAUUGUAUGCCCUCUGCCACUUGGCCUGCAGAUUCCUCCGUGUCUUCUUGUUCUCAGACAGACCUGACAUUCAGUUCCCAAGUUUUGCUGCCAAUUAGUGUCCAGACGCAGACCCUGUUGCCCAGUUCAAAGCUGACUUCCUCCAUAGCUGCUCAGACAGACACACUAGGCCAAGCUUGUUUUCAGCCAUGUGGAAUUUCUCGGGAGACUCAAACCAAUCGGUCGCAGAAGGGUCUGGAUGGGAGAGGACAGAUGGACCAGGCUGUAAUGUGCAAUGACAUUUUUGACAGUGUUAGCUCGUCGUUUACUGAUGCAAGCCCUGUAGCCCUUUCCAACAGCAACUUGAUGGCUGCAGACCUGGGUCAAAAUUUGCUACAGAGAGGAAGCUGCAGAUCAUUGAGUCAGAGCACAAAGUGUGAGCCAGUUAUCAGCUUCAGUGCACAGAAUAAUAUUCUCCCCCAGCAAGUUAUGACAGACAAUCAGACCCAGACAAUGGAGUUACUUAGCGAUCUUGAAACUAUUUUUUCUAGUAAUUCAGCAGGUCAGCCAUUGGAUAACCGCACACUUUUAACAGAUGCCAACUCAGGUGCUGGCGCUCUCCUACCUUCUGGCCCUACCCAGAACACAGGAAUAGAUUUCGAUAUAGAGGAUUUCUUCACAGCGUCAGAUAUCCAAACUCAGACCGAAGAGACCAAACUUGGUAACUUGAACUCUGAACCAGUCUUGGAGUCACUAGACAUUGAAACUCAGACGGAUUUGUUUUCUGAUAAUGCCACACAGUCCUAUAGCUGCAGAGGUAACCCCAACUUUUUAGGCUUAGAGAUGUUUGACACCCAGACCCAGACAGACUUAAAUUUCUUCUUAGACAGCCCUUAUUUGCCCUUGGGUAGCAUCUUGAAGCAGUCCACCUUCUCUAUGAGCACAGACUCGUCUGAUACAGAGACCCAAACAGAAGUCCAUUUUAGUGAGAGACAUGCCUGUGAUCAAAUGGCUGAGAGCAAAGUCCAGCUUAAUAGUACGGAGACACAGACCAUGGAUAGCUGCUUUGAAACUCUAGGCAGCUUAUUUCUAACCAGCAACGAGACCCAAACGGCAAUGGAUGACUUUCUGCUGGCUGAUUUGGCCUGGAAUACAAUGGAGUCGCAGUUCAGUUCGGUAGAAACACAGACUUGUGCAGAAUUAUGUUCUUUGUUUCACAGUCCUGAUAAAGCAAGCCAUUGAGUGGUGUUUUCAUACUCUGCCUUCUCUAAGGAUUAAGUUAUGUUUGUGUAGAAGAAGCUGACAUUGAAGUUAGCUCCACUGAAUGUAAUUUAUGUGCAGUUGGUUUACAUACUUUCUCAUAUGCUAAGGUACUUUAACAUGGGAGUGUUGUUACUAAUAUGAACCCUGUGUGCAUAUGUUCUCUGUAGCAUGUUUAGUCUAUGGAUCCUUCCUAAUCCUGUGCCUGCCUUUGCUGUGUGGAGCUGAAUUUUGUAAAGCCCAGAGUUCAUAACUCAGAGCCUUUAGUUAAUGUGUGUCUUUUUAAGAUGACACUUAAGAUUAUAGCCUCCUCAUCGUUUAUUUGGAAGCAGGCCCCAUUGAACAAAUUAGAACUUCUGAGUAAACUAAUACAGGAUUAUACUGUAAGUUUUAUGAAGAAAUAUUGGACCAAAAGCUAGUUUUCUUUAUAUUUUUGCUUAUCACCCACAUCCUGAAGAUAUUACCCAUCUUUCUGUUCUUUCUGUUUUUCCUUAAUUUCUUUUUAUUUUUUGUAUCUUUAUGCCAGAGUUUAUUGUUGCUUUCUAACUGUAAAUGGGUUACAUCAUGGUUGUACCCAGUUAUCUCAGUGAAUUCACAUUUCAGAAUGUUGAUUUGAUUCAGCCUGGCAGUCUUGUAUGAAUGCAUUCUGAAAACUUGAAAUGACAUACGAAUUGAUGGCUUAAUCACGGUAUUCUAAGAAAUGUUACCAAAGUAUGCAGAACUGUUUUUCUCUGACUUUUAAUAUUUCUGGUAGUCUAAGUCUUUGCUUCUCAGAGUAUGUGGAACACAAGCAAAUCUUGAAGUUAUUAUGUUCCACAAAGAUCACAGUUUUUCUGUUUCAAAUGGGCAAAUUUCUCUCGAUCAUGAAUUUAACUUUCUUGAAAUAAUAGUUGCAGUCUGAUCAGAAAUAUUCGUUCUGAACUUUCUUACAAGUCUAGCAGGAGUUUAGGACAAAGCGUCUUGGCUGUUGGAAGGUAUACCAAGUAAGGAAAGAGUGGAGAGAGAAGUACAAACAGUAUGUAAGUUACAUCUUAUUUAGCCCAAUGCAUUUUAAGUAAGACGUUUGUAAAUGUGACUGUAAGUGAAGGCACAAAAAAGCAGGCGUCUUCCACUUCAGAAUAUGGUCACCAGCAAGCUCUUCUUCCAGUUAAUAACGUUGUUCAUCGGAUUCACCACAUGACUUAUGCACAACAACUACCUUUCAGUGAUGAUCUUUCAGCCUACUUAGUGGGCAUAGAACAGGGAGUAAAUUGUUUGAAUCCUGUUGAGCCUCAGGAUUCUGUUAAGAAUCUCUGUGGCUUUCAAUGCCAAAUCUGUACUGCUGUUGCUGCUGUUUAAUAUUUCUGAUGGUAGUCUACCAGCCUAGAUAUGGUAUUUCUUCAUUUCUCAGAUUGUUUCUAUUAUGUAUUCUUGAAAAUAUCUUUUAUUUAUAGUUUUUUUUUUAAUUCUGUCAAGAACAAUAACUCCUGGAAUGGUUAUCUGCUGACGAAACGCAUUGUGUCCGGUGCUUAUUCCUUCUGCUCUCUUGGCAGGGCUGUGUCUGCCUUAAAAGUGCAUUUAGAAGAAGGCACCAGGGCUGGUCAAUGUCUGAACCAAGCACCCUUGGCAUGUGCCAGCUGGUGCUCUCAGCCUGGUGGCUCUUGGCUGUUACAAAUGUUAUAUGGGUCUUCAGAGCUGGAUGGUACUACAGAAUGCCUUGCUGUUGAAAAGAUGGUGGAGCUGAAAUGUUUGAGAUAUUUCCCCCCCCCAAAAAUCAUUUGGCAAAAGUGAAGUGUUCAUUCCAUGUAUAUGUGACUCAUGUUAAUCUAAAAGCCACUUCAUUUUAACUAGUGUCUCUGAAAUGCUUCAAACUAAAUUAUCUCCAGUGCACCUUUGGUAGAUCUUUUCUUGUUUUAAAAAUUGUCUCAAAAGCAUCUGUCCAACAACUGCCUUGGAAGUAUAACUGUAAGUGAAACCAUAAAAAAAAA